UCGGAAUAUCCAACGCCCCGCAAACGAAUCAACGAUGAGCCCGUCGACCAACGAAGGGCCAUUUCUGUAAAAUCGCGAGAAAUAUCAAAGAGCAGCUGGUGGCUUUUCUCGGCCGAAACUUUCAUUUUCCCACCAUCCAAACAAUACGCGAAUUCACUACAAAUUUUCUCUCAUUUGUUUCCAUUUCUGCAUCUCCCGGACUGUCGUAGCCGGAGCUUCGUGUUCUCUCUGAGUUUCUCUGCCGCCGACGUUCACCAUUGUUUUCUCAGCCUUCGGCAUCGGUUUGUUCAUCCUCUGUUGAGAAAUAUGGUUUAAUAUGUCUGGAUAGUGCGUUUUCGGAUAGAAACGUCUUGUGUUUGGCUGAAUGAUUGCACUGUUGGUGCGAGUAUGUGAUUGAACACUGGGUGGUUUUGGAAGGACCUGUCUCAUUUUCCUGUAAACAUGGAUUUAUCUUGUCAUAUUUGGAAGCAAAAUGUGUUAUGUGGUAGUGAAAGAACGCAUUGCAAGACGUUGGAUCAGUUUGGCCUCAGAUAUGUGCUUAGAAGUAGAGCUCUUGAUGCCAAGUUGAGUGGUGGUUCAAGAGUAAUUUAUAAGGUGCCUAAUAAGAGAAACAGAAUUGUAUCUUCUAGCGAUUCCAUUCACUUGAGUCUGGUUUGUGGUAGCAAGUUUGAUGGUGCCUUGCAAAUUUCUAAGCACAAGCGAUUCUUGAACUGUAACUAUAAUGGUAGAAAGAUGGGGAUGGUUCAUUCAGAGUGUCAAAGCAACGAUUCUUUAGCAUUUAUUGAUGGAAAUGGCAGAAAUAUGGAAUAUGUAGAUACUGGUGAUGAAGGAUCCAGUUCUGUGCCUACUGAUGGUGUAGGGUCAGCUGGUUCCAGAGAAGCCGGUGGAGAAGCAGAAGCAGUAGAAACGGUUGCACCAACUGUUGAUGAGCUUAGAGAAUUGCUGCAAAAGGCUAUAAAAGAACUGGAAGUUGCAAGACUUAACAGUACCAUGUUCGAGGAGAAGGCCCAGAAAAUAUCAGAAACAGCAAUAGCUUUGCAAGAUGAAGCAACCCAUGCUAGGAAUGAUGUGAACUCUACUCUUGAUUCUGUACAACAGAUAGUGAAGGAAGAAUAUGCUGCCAAAGAAGCUGUUCAAAAGGCUACCAUGGCUCUUUCAUUAGCAGAGGCAAGGCUUCAGGUGGCAAUAGAGUCAAUGGAGCUGGCAAAAGGAGGAAAUGAUUUUCCGGAAACAUCAAUAAAUAGUGAGGGGGAGAUUGAUGGCAAGGAUGAGCAAGAAGUGUUGUUAGUUGCUCAGGAGGACAUCAAAGAAUGCCGGGCAAAUUUGGAAAAUUGUGAUGCGGAAUUGAAGCGCUUACAGAGUAAAAAGGAAGAGUUACAGAAGGAAGUGGACCGGUUGAAUGAGUUGGCUGAAAAGGCACAAUUGAAUGCGUUGAAAGCUGAAGAAGAUGUCGCAAAUAUAAUGCUUUUGGCUGAGCAAGCUGUUGCUUUUGAACUUGAGGCUGCCCAAAGGGUUAGUGAUGCUGAAAUAGCUUUACAGAAAGUGGAGAAAUCCUUGUCAAGUUCUUUUGUCGACACUUCGGAAAUCACACAGGGGUUAAAUGUUAUUGAAGAAGUUGAGAAUGAGGAUAAUAAGGCAGUUCCAGAAAUAUCUGGUGAUAUUGCUGUUGAAAUGGAUAGAGAUUUACCACUUAGUGGUGAUUCCUUAGUUAUUAAAUCUCUACCAGGUAGCUUUUCAGAUUCUGAAGACUCUGAUCAACCAUAUUACUUAAGUGAUAGCGAGAAUGGAAAAUUGAGUUCAGACUCCUCUAAAGAGGUUGAAUCUGGAGCAGAGAAGUCUAUUUUGAGUCAAGCAAAAAAGCCGGAAACACAGAAGGAUUUGACCAGAGAAGGCUCACCUGUAAAUUCCCCAAAGGCUCUAUUGAAAAAAUCUUCUCGCUUUUUUUCAGCAUCAUUCUUUUCCUUUGCAGUUGAUGGGACAGAGUUCACUCCAGCAUUAGUCUUCCAGGGUUUCCUGGAUUCCACGAAAAAGCAAUUGCCAAAGCUAAUUGUUGGAGCAGUACUAUUCGGAGCAGGGAUUGCUAUCUUAGCAAAUCGAGCAGAAAGGAAUUCUCUUAUGUUUCAGCAGCCUGGUGUUGUCACUACUAGCACCGAUGAAGUUUCCUUGAAUACAAAGCCUUUAUUUCAACAAUUAAGGAAACUUCCUAAAAGAGUGAAAAAGUUAAUUGCAAAGCUUCCCCAUCAAGAGGUGAAUGAAGAGGAGGCUUCACUGUUAGAUGUGUUAUGGCUGUUGCUUGCUAGUGUUAUAUUUGUACCAACAUUUCAGAAACUUCCUGGAGGAAGUCCUGUCCUUGGAUACUUGGCUGCUGGCAUUUUAAUUGGGCCAUAUGGUCUCUCCAUAAUUCGUCACGUGCAUGGAACAAAAGCAAUUGCUGAAUUUGGAGUUGUUUUUCUCCUGUUCAACAUUGGCCUGGAGCUAUCAGUUGAGAGGCUAAGUUCCAUGAAGAAAUAUGUAUUUGGGUUAGGGUCUGCACAGGUUUUGGUUACAGCUGUGGUGGUUGGCUUGGUUGCUCAUAUUGUCUGUGGGCAGGCUGGCCCAGCUGCAAUCGUCAUUGGAAAUGGAUUGGCUUUAUCAUCCACUGCUGUUGUCCUUCAGGUGUUGCAAGAGCGAGGUGAGAGCACUUCACGGCAUGGGCGUGCCACAUUUUCUGUCUUACUAUUCCAGGAUUUGGCUGUGGUGGUUUUGCUGAUUCUCAUACCUCUAAUUUCACCUAAUUCAUCCAAAGGAGGGAUUGGUUUUCAAGCCAUUGCUGAAGCUCUCGGCCUGGCUGCUGUUAAGGCAAUAGUUGCCAUUUCUGCCAUAAUAGCUGGUGGGCGCCUGCUACUACGACCAAUUUAUAAACAAAUAGCUGAAAAUCAAAAUGCAGAAAUAUUCUCUGCCAACACUCUACUUGUCAUUCUGGGAACAAGUCUACUUACUGCCAGGGCCGGACUAUCAAUGGCACUGGGUGCCUUUCUAGCAGGUUUACUGCUAGCAGAAACGGAAUUCUCCUUGCAGGUUGAAUCUGAUAUUGCUCCAUAUCGUGGCCUUCUAUUGGGUCUCUUCUUCAUGACGGUUGGGAUGUCUAUCGAUCCAAAACUUCUUCUAUCUAACUUUCCAGUUAUCAUGGGAUCUUUGGGACUUCUUAUUGGUGGCAAGACUAUAUUGGUUGCCUUGGUUGGUAGACUUUUUGGCGUCUCAAUUAUAUCUGCGUUAAGAGUUGGGCUGCUUCUUGCUCCUGGUGGAGAAUUUGCUUUUGUGGCGUUUGGUGAAGCUGUCAAUCAGGGUAUUAUGUCUUCUCAACUAUCCUCUUUAUUAUUUCUUGUUGUGGGAAUUUCAAUGGCCCUUACGCCGUGGCUGGCUGCUGGUGGUCAGUUAAUUGCUUCUCGGUUUGAGCAGCAUGAUGUUCGGAGUUUAUUGCCUGUUGAAAGUGAGACUGAUGAUUUACAAGAUCAUAUCAUUAUUUGUGGAUUUGGACGAGUUGGUCAGAUAAUAGCCCAGCUUCUGUCAGAGCGACUGAUUCCUUUUGUUGCCCUUGAUGUGAGGAGUGAUAGAGUGGCUGUAGGACGUGCCUUAGACCUUCCUGUGUAUUUUGGAGAUGCAGGAAGUCGAGAGGUUCUACAUAAAGUUGGUGCUGAAAGGGCAUGUGCUGCUGCAAUAACACUGGAUACGCCAGGUGCAAAUUACAGAACCGUUUGGGCUCUGAGCAAGUAUUUCCCUAAUGUUAAGACUUUUGUUCGAGCUCAUGAUGUUGAUCACGGCCUUAAUUUAGAGAAGGCUGGGGCUACCGCGGUAGUUCCCGAGACGUUGGAACCAAGCUUACAGUUAGCUGCUGCUGUUCUUGCUCAGGCUAAACUACCCACAUCAGAGAUUGCUGCAACAAUUAACGAGUUUAGGUCUCGGCAUUUAUCCGAGCUUACCGAGCUAUGUGAAGCCAGUGGAAGUUCACUCGGAUACGGGUUUUCUCGAAUCAUGAGUAAACCGAAAGUUCAAACCUCUGAUUCCUCGGACGAGAAUCAAGUCACUGAAGGGACACUGGCCAUAUGAUAUCAGUGGUCCAUGAGUUUGCAGGCAAGAGAAAGAAAGAAAGAAGAGGAGGAAGAAGAAGAAAAAAUGUUGAUUUGCUAUUAAAGUGUACAGAAGAAACUUGGUGUUCGAAAAGAGGGUUAACAAUAAUAAGUGUUGUUGAUCACCACAUUUUGUUCUUAUAGUUUUGCUUCAUUUACCCAUGAAGAUGCUCUGCUUGGAACUCUUUUAACCCUCUACUACUACAACACCCAUAGGAACCAUCACUAUUCAAAUUACACUCCAAAUUUUGAUCUAUCACUCCAUGUUUUGUUAAUUAUUAUUAUUAUAUAUAGCCUGCAUUUUUUGACAUUA